CCUAGAGAAAAAAGAUAGAGGUGUAUGGCUUCCACCGUCUGGGGAAAUGCCCCCUGGUGGGGCCCGCCGCCCCCGGCCCCAGCCCGGCCGCUCACGGACAUCGACUUUUGCUCUGGGGCGCAGCUGCGGGAACUGACCCAGCUGAUUCAGGAGCUGGGGGUGCAGGAGAGCUGGAGUGAUGGGCCCAAGCCAGGAGCAGACCUCCUCCGGGCUAAGGACUUCGUCUUCUCUUUGCUUGGUCUAGUUCACCGCCAGGACCCGCGCUUUCCUCCCCAGGCGGAACUCUUGCUGCUUCGUGGUGGGAUUCGCGAGGGCUCUGUGGAUCUGGGACAUGCACCCCUAGGUCCCUACACCCGGGGACCUCAUUACGACGCUGGCUUCACACUUCUAGUACCCAUAUUUUCUCUGGAUGGCACUGGGCGAGAACUGCUACUGAAUCUGGAAUCCUGUUACGCCUGGCUCCGCCUUCCCGAGUUGGUGUGCGGAACCCCUGUCCGAGAAGCGUGGCAGGAUUGCCUAGGUCCUCCAGUUCCAGGAGGACCUGAUGUGAUUCUCCGAACUGAGAGCGAUGGAAGUCCCACGGACAGGGAAAUUUCAGUGGACCAGACGCACAGUUACGUCACUGAGUCUGAGCCGAGCGCGUCUUUGGAAAAAUCACCUAGUGACGUUUCAGGGUCCGAGUCGCCUGAGCAUGACGUCACCGAUCUUGGCUCUCCUACACCCUUGAAAAAACUGAGUAGCGUCACCGGUUGCGUCACCGAGGCAGCCGUCGAAAGCUCGGUUCCUAAGCCGUCGGAGACUCGGGAGAUGUGGCCCACAUUGUGCCCCUCCCAAGUGGCUGCCUGGUUCUUUGCUACGCUGGCCACCGUGGCAGAGUCACUGAUCCCAGUUCCAGGCGCCCCACGCCUGGUGCACGCAGCUCGCCAUGGGAGUUUCACCACCAUCCUCCUGGCUACGCCAGGCCCCCCGCGCCGUCUUCUGCUCUUCGACCUGAUUCCCGUGGUGUCCGUAGCAGGCUGGCCCGAAGGAACUCGGGGCCACUCGUGGGCGGGUCCUCUGACUUCCGAGUCCACUUCCUUUUAUCUGGUGCCCGGCGGCACUGAGCGGCUGGGCCCCUCCGGGUGGCAGCUCUGCUUUGCCCGCCAGGAGCUGGCGCUCAAGGCGCGCAUACCCGCGCCGCUGCUGCAGGCGCACGCGGCCGCCCAGGCGCUGCUGCGCCCGCUGGUGGCCGGGACUCGGACUGCGGCGCCCUACCUCCUGCGGACGUUGCUUUUGCGCCUGCCGGCGCUCUACCUGGGGCGGCCAGAAAAUGCGGGCGCCUGCUGCCUCGGGCUCCUGGACGAGCUGAGCCGUGUGCUCGAGGCCGGAACGCUGCCUCACUAUUUUCUGACCGGCCGAAAGCUCCAUGCGGGGGACGGCUCCGCUGGGCUGCUGGGGGCGUUGACUCGGCUCCGCGGGGACCCUGCCGGUGCCCUAAGGGCAGCGGUGGAGGAAGCCAAGGUUGCGCGCAAGGGGGGCGGCCUAGCGGGCGUGGGGGGCGGGGCCCAUUAAAGACGCUCCUUCUAAUCAGCCUGGAAAAGUGCUUCCGUUGGCUAGCGGGACUUGGAGGGAUGCGCUCCUUUCGGCUAGGAGGCAGACUGUGUGCUAUGGGCCCAAAGUCCCUCUUCUAAAGGGCCUCCUUGUCAGUUCCCCUUCGCUCUCCCGGUCCCUGGUACAGGUCGUCCCAUCCGGCAUCUCUGCUCCAAAUCUGUGACCGGCAUCCUUCCCAC